GUUUUAUUAGGAAUCCAUUAAAUGAUAUAUAAUGAGUAAAUUCUCGAAAAAAGAAUUGGAAGAACGACGAAAAAAAGAGGAAGAAGAGGAAGUCACAAAUGUUUACAAAGAUUUUAUAGACACAUUUCAAAAUUCAACGAAUUCAGCAUCAAAAGUAUGGAUUAAAGCUGGAACUUAUGAUGCAGGAUCGAGAAAAGAGGAUACUAAAGACAAAGGGAAACUUUACAAGCCAACGCCAAAAGGAAGUUCCAGUGAUGAUAAACAUGGAAGCUCCUCACAUGCAGAUUACUCUAGGAUGUUAUCAGAUGAUUCAAAAAAGGAUUUAACACCGCAAGGAAAGAAGAAGGCACAAGAAAAGAAAAAAUCCAACUUGGAAUUAUUUAAAGAAGAAUUAAAACAAAUGCAAGAAGAGCGCGAAGAAAGGCAUAAAUAUAAACAAGCAGCAAAACAUUUAAUGCAAACACAUAUUCAUAGUGUUUUAGAACAUCCAGAGCCAGUUUAUCGAGAAGUGCAGGAAUCGCAAGGAUCUUUUGAUACUGGAGAUCCGAACACAACAAAUUUAUAUCUAGGAAAUUUAAAUCCAAAAAUUACUGAACAGCAAUUAAUGGAGAUAUUUGGAAAGUAUGGUCCCCUUGCGAGUGUUAAAAUUAUGUGGCCACGAUCUGACGAGGAAAAAGCUCGUGGUAGAAAUUGUGGAUUUGUUGCAUAUAUGGCUAGGAAGGAUGCUGAACGAGCAUUAAGGAGACUUGCUGGAAAGGAUAUAAUGGGAUAUGAAAUGAAACUCGGAUGGGGUAAAGCAGUGCCAAUUAUGAUGCAUCCAAUUUAUAUCCCUCCAAAUUUACAGGAAUAUGCAAUGCCGCCACCUAAAUCAGGUUUACCUUUUAAUGCACAACCUUUAUGCGACAUUUCAAACUUAAAUAUUGAUGAGCUGGACCUUAAAGCUUACUUAAAGGAUGAAGAUCAGAAGAAUAAAAUUGAUGAAGUUCUUUCAAAGUCUAUCGUAAAAGUCAUAAUUCCAACGGAUCGACCAUUAUUAAUGCUCAUUCAUCGUAUGAUUGAAUUUGUAAUAAGAGAAGGUCCACUUUUUGAGGCACUCAUUAUGGCAAGAGAAGUCAAUAAUCCAUUAUUCAAAUUCCUCUACGAGAAUGAUAGUUCAGCACAUAUUUAUUAUCGGUGGAGAUUAUUUUCACUACUUCAAGGCGACACACCAAGCGAAUGGUGUGAAAAGGAAUUUAGAAUGUUUAAAAAUGGAUCAGUGUGGAAGCCACCAAAGCUCAAUUUUUUUAGUCAAGGUAUGCCUGAAGAACUCAUAUCUGAUGACGAAAUGGAACCAUGCAAAGGGCAGUUAUCAGUGGCUCAACGAAAUCGUCUUGAGGACUUAAUAAGGCAUUUAACACCAGAAAAAAGUAAAAUUGCUGAUGCCAUGAUUUUUUGUAUUGAACAUGCUGAUGCUGCUGAUGAGAUUUGUGACUGCAUCUGUGAAUCACUUACCAAUCACGAAACUGCCAUUCAUAAGAAAAUUGCAAGGAUUUACUUAGUAUCGGAUAUUCUACACAAUUGUACUGUCAAAGUUCAAAAUGCCAGCUUCUUCCGAAAAUCAAUGGAGAGAAAUUUAAUCGACAUGUUCAGAGGUCUUCAUGAGAGUUACAAACUACUUGAAAGUCGACUCAAAGCUGAAGGCUACAAAGUAAGAAUAAUGAAAAUAUUUAGAACAUGGGAAGAAUGGACAGUGUACAGUCGAGAUUUCCUUCUUAAAUUACAAAAUACAUUUUUGGGAGUUCAAAUUCCUGAAGAUAAUCAAGAUGGGCAGCCAGCCUCUGAUCACGAAGAUGAUAUUGAUGGUGUUCCAGUUCCAUUAGACGGAGCUGCAUUGCUUAAAGGAGCUUUAAUGCGUGGAAUUCCAACUCCGGAACAUACUGAUGAAGAUGAUAUCGAUGGAAUCCCACUGGACGAGAAUAUUGAUGGAAUUCCAUUAGAUACAAGUGGGAGUGUAAAUGAACCAUCAUCAUCUGGUUUUGUUAAAUCAAAAUGGGAAGAAUUAGACCCUGAACAAGUAGCACAUCAAGCAAUAACGACUUCAAAAUGGGAAUUUGAACCACCUCCACCAGAGCCACCAAAAAUAUCCGCAAUUUGUAAUUAUGACGAAAGUGAGAGCAGUGAAAGUGACUCAGAUGAUAAAAGAAAACGAUUGCGUGAAAUAGAAAUUAAAAUUGUUGAAUAUCAAGAUGAGCUAGAAUCUGGCAGAAGGCCAAAAAAAUCAGGAUUUAGUUUAAGCGAACAAGUUGAACAUUAUCGAAGGAAAUUGCUUAAAAAAGCUGAGAAACAUGAUUCUGAUUCUCAAUCUGAUCGUUAUAUUUCCUCAUCGUCUUCGAAACGAGAAAGGAGCAGGCGAAGUUCCUCAUCUGGCGAGAAGAAAGUGAAAAGAUAUAGAAGAUCACAAUCUAAUGAUAAAUAUCAUCAAGCAAAACGUUCACGAUCGAAGUCUUAUUCACCGAUUGUGGUGUCAAAAUCAAGGCAUAGUAAGAGAAGACGUUCUAAAAGCUUAUCAAUUUCACCGCCAAGAUCAUCAAGGAGAAGAUCGCCGUCACCAAGAAGGUCUCACAAAUCAAAGCAUAAACACUAGGAAUCUGCCUGAAAUAAAUUUAAAUUUUCAAAGAUGUAUCUUUUAAUAAAUGCAACUUUUAAUCAAUAAAUAUCUUUUAAAUCCA